AUGAAGCUAACUACCAUCUUAUUUAAAUAUAAAUUUGUGAAAGGUAUACCCGGUAAUAUAUGGAUUGGUAAACAUCGCUUUGUGCCUCCGGUGACAAGGAAAGUCAGAUUAGAGAUGUGGAAGAAAAUGAUGAUUGAAGAAGAAGUUAUGAUGUAUUUAAAGAAUCCCUAUGUAACAGAGGAACAGGAGAAACUUUAUCUUGAACAGAAUGAAAAACCUCAAGAGAAAGUGUUCAUCGAAAAAACAUCGACAUUGAAACCGCUGAAAGAAAGAAGUGUUGCAUACCAUUUAAAUAGAUUAAAUCAUAAUCGCCCAUGGGGUGACCAUGAAUAUGAACCUGAUCUGAAAUAA